AGAUUGAAACUAUUGACUAGUAUUCGUACAUGUUGAAAUAUGCUAACAGGCGUCUCACCAUACGGUUUCAGUUAAUCCCUCUCACAAGAUGAUUGAGGGAGAUUUAUAGAGAAUUUAUUUUAUAUCUAUUAUGAUAUGAAAAUUAUUUUUUUCUUAUCAAUCCCCUCCAAUUUUUUCCUUGCGAGGAUUAAACGAACAAGCCCUAAUGUCUAAUCCUCCCAAGGGCUCAGCGCAUAAACAAGAAUCGGGAUCGUCAACAAUGGCGACGGGGGAGAAGACGACUCGAGCGGGGAGCGAGUCCUCAGGCCACCAUUGGGCGGGUUACAGCUGCAGCGCAGGAGAGGCCAGCAGCCCCCGCCUCCCGCUCCGGCAUCGCCCUCCCCCGAGAGACUUCCGCCGCUACAUCAUCUUCGGUUGCCCUUAUCGCCACCCCAAGAAGCCGAAAGCACCCGCAAAAGACAAAGUCCAAGAGAAAGUACCACAGCAGACCAUGAUUGCUAGCUGGGGCAUGGCCAAUUAUGUUGAAUAUAAUCAAGUGAAGAACAUUUUUCAGGAGAUUGGUGAGAUUGUUGGUAUUUAUUUCAGUAGCACGAGGCAUCUCGCAGUUGUUGAUUUUUCUACAGAACAAGCUGCUGAGAGUGCACUCUACCAUUUUAUGGGAUAUCAUCUGAUGGGACGCCCUUUAAAACUUGCAUGGUUCGAUCCCAAGGACUUUGCUGUUCUCAGAGAUAUACCUACUCGUGGGGAGAGAAUGCCUAAUUAUUUAAUGCAGACUGUAUGUGUGACCGGCUUUGAUUCAUCCCUCGAGAUUGGAACGAUUAGGCACGCACUUGAAGAAAUUUUCGCGAACGAUCAUAUGAAAAAACUUGUAACUCCCGUGAAUCUAGAUGGCACAAGCACAGGGAAAGCAUACAUAAGAUACGAUGUUGCGAGCAGCUACAAUGGUGCGCUCCACUGUGACGGCGUGUCCGAGAUUGGAGGCCGCAUUCUGCGCGUCACAAAAUGGCCUGAUUUUUCAUGGUGCAAGAAACGAAGAAUAGGGAGAGCUGGUUGUGACAAGGACGACGCAGGAUUGGCAGUGCCAGAUCAGGACGACACUCCUAAGUGGCACACGCCUAGCACAGGGAAGAGGACCUUGUUCGACGAUGGGAGUGGCGAUGAAGCCGGCGUUACCAUGUGAUAUAGUAUCAUGUGAAUUCAAUCAAUUCAUCGUGGUGUGCAUAGAUUGGAAACAGUUUACGCUCAAUUAAUUAGUCAUGUUUGCUAGUGCAUUUAAAUGAUAAUAGUACUGCUAACUUAUUGAUUUGAUAUAAAAAUUCAUGCCUUUUUUUUAUUCUA